AUGGUAAUCCCUGUGGAUAUUAUAAACUUCGCCUCGGACACUGUUGGAAAUCAGUUCAAAGAGCAUUAUAAAACUAUAAUAGGCCUCCUUUCUGCUAUAUUCAUAUUUCCCUGGCUGUACAACUCAAUCCCAAGAAGUUUAUGCUGCAUUUUUUGGCAGAUAACUAAUUUUAUUGGUGUCUCUACUACAUUGCUUAUCAACUUAUGCAGCUCAUAUACUACAUUGACAUUUGCGUUAGCAUAUAUUAUAAGUGUUUAUAUAUUAUGGUCACCUGAGAGGUCAGAUAUAUUCAGAGCCACAUCAUAUUUCCUAUGGCUAAUCAUAGCUAGCUACUUGGCAAGUUUGUGUGGCUCGUAUCAAGUCUACAUGUUUGUGAUGCUUCAAAUUAUUGGCCUCACAGGUUUCAUACUUGAAGUCUUACACAUUCACAAGCAGUUGUUAGUGAAAGAUCCAGAAACUUCUGUCUUAGUUGCACUACAUAGGGUUAUUACAAAUGGAAACCAAACAGCAGUUAUCACAAAGGAGGAAGAAACUAAGAGCGACAAAACUGAAGUAUCAGAUACUAUUCCAGAAGAGCGUAGUGAUAAAGAAUCUACUUCUGAUAAAGAUUCAACCCCUGACAAAGAGAGCCCAGUGACUCCAGAUGCAAAUACAAAAAGAGGAAGCUGGACUGGAAACGAGUCUUCACAGAGCUCACCCAGACAUGCAAAGAUGUUAUUUAAAACUAGAACAUUAUCUGCUUUACCUCUAUCUAAUGUUAAAACAAAACCGCCAAUUGAAAACCGCAUCUUAGCAUCUUAUAAACAAAGAUCCCUUGAUGAGAACUAUAUGCGAAACAAUUUUAAUAAUGAUGAUGAAUCAGCUAUAUAUUUCAAGCUCCUAUUCUUUGCUUGCUUCUGUAUGUUGGUUUGGAAACAUAUUUGGCUGUUACCUGUGAUGGUGUUCUUUUUGGCAAUUCAUUUCAUUAAGUGGAUGCUAAACUUUUUUGGAGUGUGGCUGUUUUUUGAAAACUACUACAAUAAUGUGAUGGCUAAAGUUAAAGGCUGGUGGGGAGACAGGAAAUCAGCAUUAGUUCCGGCGCAUAUUCGUGGCGUCUCCAAAAUGCUGUCUAUCUGUAACAGUAGUGUUACUGAAAUGGCAUACGACUCGGUCGAUACUGUAUCUUCUUGCAUUGUGAUCAUUGGCCUCAUAUUUUUUGUCACCGUUGCCGUUGUCUUCGUCUGCAUACAGAUAUAUUCCGAAGCCAUUGUGGUAAUCCAACUAAGUGGCAGCCUUUUAAAUAGUACCUUUGUUCAACAUAGUCCUCUGCAAACAUACUUACCUGAAGGAUGGGAGGAUAAACUCGAUUCACUUAUUGAUGACGCCUACACAUAUGGAAGAGAAGGAAUAUCUACUGCUGUGAGGAGUAUUCUCAAAGAAGGCGAUCCAGACAAGAUUGGGCGCGUAGAAGAGCAAAUAUUGGAAAUUUGGGAUAGAGUGUAUCAGAGCUGGGUGUCUUUGCACUUUCCUGGGAACAGCGGGCCGCAAGUCGACAGCUCUGCAGUGCAGGACUCCUGGGACAAUUUUGUUACUAACGUUUCUCACACACCUGGUCUAUUCGACUACACCGGUAUAGUGACAUGGGUAUACGCGAACGUUGGCACGCUGGGUGCGAUCGCGUCGAGUGCGUGGGCGCCGCUCGCGAGCAACGCCUCCCUUCUUGCCGGCUCGUUCGGAGCCGUCACCUCGCUGCUUCUCUGCGGUGGCGGUGCUAUCAUCAAUAUGUUCAUCAACCUGGUGGUGUUCUUCACGACCCUAUUUUACUUGUUGGCUUCAAGUAACGCCCUCUAUAAACCAGUGGAAGUUCUCACCAGGGUUCAAGCCAGUUUCGGGCCAAGACUCGGGCUUGCGCUGUCUGUUGCCAUUAAUCAGGUGUUUAGGGCGUCAUUCAAGAUGGCGUUAUUCUACGGACUGUGGACGUGGUUGGUGCAUAACCUAUUUGGUGCAAAAGUUGUCUAUUUACCAUCAGCCGUUGCUGUGAGAAUCGCUUUUACAAAUUGCCAACAAUCAGAGUGGAAUUGUAAUAAUAAUAUACCGAGUAAUGUUGUUUAUAAUUGUUCUUCCAUAGGAAAUAACGAUUUUAUAAUACACUUAAAAGAUUAUUAUACGGAGCACUUAGUUAGUCUAACCGUCCAGAAUUGCAAAAAUUUGAGAGUGGUUAUUGAUUGCCCUAUUUUACAAAAAUCUUCUCGACUUCAACAGUUUAAAGUGAAGAAUUGUGACAGACUUGAGUUUAUAACAUUUGCGACUAAUUCAUUAGUACAGGUUCCACCUGAAGUUACUAUAGAGAGUGUGAAUGAGAUAACACAUCUUCCGAAGAAUUUUUUUAAAUCACCAAGCACUUCUACAGAAUCUAAAUGUUUUGGAGCAGCAGCGCCUAGAAAAUUUCGCAUCAUAAAUAGCAAAAUUAAAUCUAUUCAUACAAAAGCUAUUUACAACGUUACCGGAGUGAAAAGUAUUGAAUUUGACAAUGUUACAAUCACUAACAUUCAAACGCAAGCAAUAGAAGCUAUCCUCGGCAAUGAUAAUAGUGUAUUUAUGAUUAAUAACUGCACCAUUGAUAAUUUAGAAUCCAAAAGCAUUACUGUUUCAAGUAGAAGCACAAUAUUUUCAAAUAAUGUUUUUAAUGAUAUUGUUGCAAAUAGUAUUAACGUAACUUCAGAAUUUUUAAAUAUAAAUCACAAUCGUUUUAAAGAAAUAAAGGCCAAUGGAUUGAUGUUUAAUGCCGUUAAAACAGAUUUUACUGAUAAUUAUAUAAAUAUGCUGAGAAGUAACGCUUUCAUAAACGUUAAAUGUUUGAGGAAAAGGACAAAUAAGAAACACUUUAAGUUCAUUAACAACAGAAUUGAGAAUUUGGAACCCUACUCAUUAAAUUUUGACUAUCAAAGUUGCAGAUCAAUUGGUUCAUUAGUGAUGUACCAAGAAAACAAACUGGAUUGUAGAUGUCGCAACAUAGCAUUUCUAACAUCAUCUUUAAAAAACGAAUUAUACAGGUUAAUUUUAAAUAGUUCAAAUAGUAAUACUUGUAUUUCUGCCCCAUGUGUACUACCAAUAGACAUUGUAAAAUUAUUGUUGGAUAGUGCCAUGUGUCAAAUAAAUUUAGAUGUUCAAGUUAUGUGUUUGUUGUACAAUGAUAGACAUACAACGAAUAACGAUAUAAUAGUUGAUGAAGAUGUUACUGAACCGGCUCCAACUUUUUAUUUAAUAAGGCAGGCAAAUCCGCUUAAAGGAGAUGUAAGUGCUGCUAUGACAGCCAUAGAUAAGGAAGACCUUUUAAAAGACAGUCAUCUAAAUAUGACCAAUAGAACAAUUGUCAAAGUUGUAUUUGAUUCAUCUAGAGAUUUCGUUGAGACAUUAAGAAUUCUAGCAGCGAUUCUCGGUGCAGCCCCUUUCCUUGGGCCGUACUUGGCUGGCAUUCCAGCCGCGUUAGACGUAUGGCUCCAGGGAAGACCGAUGGCAGCUUUGCUCCUGCCCAUAGCGCAGGCCGCGCCUAUCGCUUUCCUGGAUGCCGCUGUUUACGCCGAGAUCAAAGAUGGCGGUCACCCAUAUGUAACCGGUCUGGCAAUAGCGGGAGGCAUAUUCUACUUGGGUCCCGAGGGAGCCAUUUUAGGACCACUCCUAUUGUGCUGCCUUAUGGUCAUCCUCAACCUUUCGUCUUCGUUCUUAAGGGACACUCCUUCUGAAGAGCGCGCAGCUUUGCAUUCACGUGUCAGGCUCGGUGCUUAUCUAUGA